AUGGGAAGGAUUGCGCGUGUAAAGGACCUGAUGCGUUCGCACCAGCUGUUGGGCGCGGAAGGGGAGGAGAACAGAGUCGCCUGCCCAAAAGAACCUGUCCGCAGCGCUCGCGCCUGGAAAGGGAUUGCUGCUCCCAUCUAUUUACAAGCAGGAGGCUGUGUUAGCAGGCUGUGUGAGGAGGCUGUGGUAGCAGGCUGUGUGAGGAGGCUGUGUCAGGAGGCUGUGUUAGCAGGCUGUGUCAGGAGGCUGUGUCAGGAGGCUGUGGUAGCAGGCUGUGUUAGCAGGCUGUGUGAGGAGGCUGUGUCAGGAGGCUGUGGUAGCAGGCUGUGUCAGGAGGCUGUGUUAGCAAGCUGUGUCAGGAGGCUGUGUCAGGAGGCUGUGUUAGCAGGCUGUGUUUCUCCUGGUUUCACUGUGCAGGAGAUCCACACAGACCAUGAGACUCUUAUGAAGAUUGACGCAGCAGCAGACAUGAUGCAGUGCUCUGCUGCGAUGGACAUCCUGUUUCUGAUGGACGGCUCGUACAGUGUGGGGAAGGGCAGCUUUGAAAGGUCGCGACACUUCAUCCAGAGAGUGUGUGAUGCUCUGGACAUAGGAGCUGAAACGGUGCGAGUGGGGGUUGUUCAGGUCGGAUCUACGAUCAGAUUAGAGAUCGCACUGGACUCCUACUCCACUAAAGAAGAACUGAGGAAACGACUAAAGAAAAUCCCCUACCGAGGGGGAAGCACACAGACAGGUCUGGCUCUGAAAUAUGUUCUGAGAAAGGGUUUUCCUGGCAGGAGGAAUUCUAGUGUUCAUCAGAUGGUCAUUCUCCUCACUGAUGGAAAGUCCCAGGGGGCUGUUCUGCUGGCUGCCUCUGAGCUGAAGCAGUCAGGUGUGACUGUGUUUGCAGUGGGCCUCCGAUAUCCCAGGUGGGAGGAACUGCAUAUGCUGGCCAGUUCUCCAGUGGAGAGCCAUGUGUUUUUUGCUGAACAUUUCCGUGAUGCUGUGAAUGGGUUGUACACAGCUCUCACCACGUCCUCUGUCUGUACCGCUGUUCCCUCAGGAUGUAAAAUAGAAGCUUAUCAGUGUGAACGGAAAACCCUGGAGACUGUGAGGGAAUUACAAGGGAAUGUCAUGUGCUGGAAGGGAUCCAGAGGAUAUUCACCAUAUACAUCUCUCUGUCCUUACUACAGGUAUAGUAAAGUUUACAGAAGACACCCCACUGUCUGCCACAGAACCAUAUGUCCAGACCCCUGUGAUUCCCAGCCAUGUCAGAACGGGGGAACCUGUGUGUCUGAGGGGCUGGAGAAAUAUCACUGUGUGUGUCCGACCGGUUACAGCAGUGACCCCAACUGUGCCCCCGUGCUGAGUUUGGACUGCUCGGUCGACGUGCUCUUCUUGGUGGAGGGCUCAAGCACUCUCACUCUGGAGGGCUUCCUGCGCUUCAGGUCCUUUCUGAAGCGUUUUCUGCAGGCGGUGAUGACCUCAGACAGCCCUGUGAAGGUCGGCCUGGCCCAGUACGGCACUGAGGUGAAGAUCGAGUCAAUGAUUGGUGAGCACAAAGAUGUGAAGAACCUGAUCCAGGCUGUGGAUGGCCUUCGGCAUCGAGGAGGGCGGGCAAACACCGGGCAAGCACUACGCUACGUAACUCGGCACGGUUUCCACAGCGCGCCGGUGUUCGCCGAUGUUCAGGACGACCUGCCGCGGGUAGUGGUGCUCCUCACGGGCACCCCCUCCGCUGAUCCCGUCGUGGAGCCGGCGAAGUACGCCCGCGACCGCGAGAUCUUCAUCAUCGGCGUCGGCCCAGAAUCGAUGAAGGCUGAAGUGAACAACAUCACAGGCAACCCCCAGCGGACUGUGUUGUAUGUCUCUCCGGACCGGCUGAGUGAGAAGAUUCCAGAACUCAGAGCCAAGAUCUGCAGCGUGGAUAACCAGGGUUGUUUGGGGCAGGCUGUGGACCUGAUCUUUGUCCUGGAUGCCUCGGCAGCUGUGGGGAGGGAGAACUUCAUUCAUCUUACAGACUUUGUGCGGAGCACCUCUGUGCAGUUUGACGUGAACCGUGACCUGGCCCAGGUGGGACUGGUGGUGUACGGCCGCCAGCCCGUCACCGUCUUUGACCUGGACAAACAUGACUCUGGUUCGUCCGUGCUGAGGGCUGUAACCGAGGCAACUUAUCUGGGGGGCGUGGCCUCCACUGGCUCCGCCCUGCUCCACGUCCACUCCAACAGCCUGACCAUCCGAAAAGGCGCACGGCCCGGCGUAAACAAAGUGGUGGUGGUUCUGACGAGUGGAACGGGAUCUCUAGACGCUGUCGUUCCUGCACAGAAAAUCCGAGAUAACGGUGUGUCCCUGUUUGUGAUGGGAAUCGGUGACGUGCAGCGGGAAAGCCUGCUGCGUAUGGCGGGAGCGGAGGAUCACGUGAUAUCAGUGGCGCUGUAUGAGGAUCUGAAGUACUUUGAGGAUGUGAUGGUGCAGAUGGUGUGUGCAGACGUGAAGAGGCCUGUGCACCUUUGCAGACCCAACCCCUGUAUGAAUGACGGCGUCUGUAUCCUGUUAAAUAAGAGCUACCGCUGCGAGUGCCGUGGGUGGGAGGGGCCUCACUGUGAAACACGAGGCAGGAGGCCGUCGUCCAGAGGGGAUCUGCCCAGACCUGCAGGACAGAGACACAGACACAGGACAGGCCAGGGAGAGCUCCGCAAACGCUACAGAGAACAGCACAGGAGACACACAACCAGGACCCAGUGA